AUGGCGGCAAUUGUCAUUAGCCUCAUGUUCAUGUUGAGUUUCACUCCAUCAAUAGCCAUUCCUGAGGUGAUCAACGGAAAGGAGCCAAGCACCUUAUCAACCUACAUUGUUUACGUAACAGAGCCAAAAGAGGGUAGAGUUUUAACACAAUCAUUGGAAAGUGAUAGAAAAAGCUGGUAUAAAUCAUUUUUGCCAGUUUCCACAUCUAACUCGGAUGAGGAACAACGCAUGGUGUAUUCCUACAACACUGUGGUUAGUGGUUUUGCUGCAAAAUUAUCGCCAGAGGAAGUAAAAGAAAUGGAAAAAAAACAAGGGUUUGUGGCAGCCCAUGUUGAAAAGAUAUUGCCUUUGCACACAACGCAUAGCCCUAACUUCUUGGGUUUGCAACAAAAUAUAGGAUUUUGGAAAGAAUCAAAUUUUGGCAAAGGAGUGAUUAUUGGAGUUUUGGAUACAGGAAUAACGCCUGGUCACCCUUCAUUCAACGAUGUAGGAAUGUCUCCACCACCACCAAAAUGGAAAGGGAGAUGCGAUUUAGUUGGGGCGGCUUGUAAUAACAAACAAAUUGGGGCAAGAAAUUUUGCAAAUAAGAGCACACCUUUUGACGACGAGGGGCAUGGAACCCACACGGCAAGCACAGCGGCAGGAAACUUUGUAAAAGGAGCUAAUGCGUUUGGUCAGGCCAACGGUGAGGCAGCUGGUGUAGCGCCUUUAGCUCAUUUGGCGACGUAUAAAAUUUGCAAUGAAGCAGGUUGUCGUGAGAGCGACAUUUUGGCUGCAAUGGAUGUUGCUAUUGCCGAUGGAGUUGACAUGAUUUCGCUUUCAGUUGGUGGUGGUUCCACGGCUUUCUUUAAUGACGCUAUUUCAUUGGCUUCAUUCAGGGCUAUACAAAAGGGCAUUUUUGUGAGCUGUUCAGCAGGAAAUUCCGGACCAGCUCCCAAAACUUUGUCUAAUGAAGCUCCAUGGAUUCUAACCGUAGGAGGAAGCAACUCUGAUAGAAGCAUAAUCGCAACCGCAAAACUUGGAAACGGAAAAGAAUAUGAUGGCGAAACCCUUUUCCAGCCUAAAGACUUCCCUUUGACACAAUUGCCUCUUGUUUAUGCUGGUGCUAUUGCUAAUGGUAGUCAAGAAUCUGCAUGGUGCAAACCAAGAUCAUUAAGAAAUGGUAAUGUUCAAGGCAAGGUAGUGAUAUGUGAGAGAGGUGGAGGUAUAGGAAGAAUUGAAAAAGGGAAAGAAGUCAAAGAGGCUGGUGGUGCUGCUAUGAUUGUCAUGAAUGACGAGGAUUCUGGUUUUACUUCCUUAGCCGAAGCUCAUGUACUCCCAGCAGCACAUGUGAGUUAUACAGCAGGGAUGAGUAUUAAAGCCUAUACAAACUCAACACCUUCACCAACAGCAACAAUCUUGUUUAAAGGAACUAUAAUUGGUAAGAAAUCUGCUCCAGAAGUCGCUGGUUUUUCUUCAAGAGGCCCCAACGUACAAAGCCCCGGAAUCUUGAAACCGGACAUUAUUGGACCAGGUGUGAACAUUCUAGCUGCUUGGCCGUUUUCUAUAGAAAACAUCACUAACACAAAAUCAACAUUUAACAUGAUUUCUGGAACCUCAAUGGCUUGCCCUCAUCUUAGUGGUGUUGCAGCGUUACUGAAAAGUAGCCAUCCUGACUGGUCACCAGCAGCCAUAAAAUCUGCCAUCAUGACCACUGCUGAGAUAUUAAAUCGGGAAAACAAGCCAAUUGUUGACGAAAAGCUUUUACAAGCUAAUGCCUUUAUGAUUGGUGCAGGCCAUGUUAACCCAUCAAAAGCAAAUGAUCCAGGACUAGUUUAUGACAUCCAACCGAAUGAUUACAUUCCUUAUUUAUGUGGCUUGAAUUAUGAUGACAAACAGGUAGCAACCAUUGCAAAUCGUGAUGUACAAUGCUCAAAAGUUAAAAGAAUAACUGAACCACAGUUGAAUUAUCCUUCUUUCUCUAUCAUCAUGAAGACCGAUGCUCCUCAGACAUACACUAGAACAGUCAUAAAUGUUGGUAAACCUGGAUCAUCCUAUCGUGCUCAAAUUCUUCCACCAGCAGGAGUAAGCAUAAUUGUGAAACCUACGUUGUUGACCUUCAGGAACACCAACGAGAACGCUACGUACUCUAUCACAUUUUCCAAAACCAAUCGAACUGUUGGAGAAUUUUCGGAAGGAAAUUUGAGUUGGAUUUCAACUGACCAUGUCGUUCGAAGCCCAAUAAUUGUCUCCUUUUGA